AUGCAUUUUCCAGAGAAAACCAACAAACCAAAGGAUAUUCCUCAACUAAGAAGUUUUUUAGGACUAGUGCACUAUUACCAACAGUUUUUACCUAACUUGGCAACUAAGCUACACCCGUUAUACGGACUAUAUACUCAGGAACAAUACACAUUGCAGAUGGUCAAAGAAUUAGAAUUGAUAUUAGCAAUGGAUGCUUCACCCAACGGGUUAGGGACAGUGCUUUCACACAGACUACCCGACGGGUCAGGAAGGCCCAUCGCUUUCGCAUCCAGAACCCUAACACCAGCAGAAAGAAAUUACAGUCAAAUCCACAGAGAGGAAGUCACACUAAUUUCGGAUAACCAACCGUUGACAAGAAUCUUCCACUCCGAAAAGGACUUACCUGCUACAUCUGCCAUACAACUCUUACACUACACCACAGCACCAGUUAAAGCAAAUUCGGAUUACCACGACAGCCAUGAAAUAUAUUCCAGAUUAGUCAAAUUGAACAUCUUCCAGUCACAAGAAAAGAAAUUAAAGGUAGAUUCAUAUACAAAAUGGUUGGAAGUCAUACCAACGAAGACUACUACCUCCGCUGCCACCAUCAGUAUGGUUCGAGAAAUAUUCGCAAGACUUGGACUACCGUACACAAUAAUUACGGCUAACGGUAGCAACUUCGAAUCGCAAGAAUUUGAGAUUUUCCUCAAAAGAAAUGGAAUUACUCACAAGGUUUGUUACCAUCCUGCGACGAAUGGUCAAGCAGAAAGGUAUGUUCAAACUGUAAAGAAAAGCCUUCGCAGCCAGCUUACAAAAGAAGAAGAGCUCAAAUUGAGUUUAUACAGAUUCUUAAUGCAAAACCGAAAAAUGCCAAAUAUUACUACCCAGAGCAGCUCUCUGAAUUGA